AUGGCCACUACAUCUAACACUGCCCCUCAUCUCUGGCUUCGUGCCGAGACCAAGCCUAUGGAACACAGAGCUGCUUUGACUCCUGCUACUGCCAAGAUCUUGUUGGAUGCUGGUUUCAAGAUUACCGUUGAGCGUUCUGAACAAAGAAUCUUUGAUGAUGAGGAAUAUGUCAAGGUUGGCUGUCCUCUUGUUGAAAAGCUCAGCUGGAAGACCGAUGCUCCUGCUGAUGCUUAUAUCGUUGGUUUGAAGGAGCUUCCUGAGAACGACGACUCUCCCUUGCAUCACACUCAUAUCUUCUUUGCUCAUUGCUUCAAGAACCAAGGUGGCUGGAAGGAGUUGUUGCACCGUUUCGACGCUGGUAACGGUACCAUCCUUGAUCUCGAAUUCCUGAAUGACUCCAAUGGUCGUCGUGUUGCUGCCUUUGGUUACAUGGCUGGCUUUGCUGGCUCUGCUGUCGCCAUCGAUGUUUGGUGUCAUCAAAAGACUGGUGCUACUGAAAAGUACGGUGCCUUGACUCCUUAUCCCAAUGAAGAUGCUCUCAUCUCUUACACCAAGGAUCGUUUGACCGCUGCAGUUGCUCUCAACAAUAACGAAUAUCCCAAGGUGAUGGUAAUGGGUGCUUUGGGUCGUUGCGGUACUGGUGCCUGUGAUUUUGCUCGUAAGGCAGGUAUCCCUGAGGAGAACAUUAUUAAGUGGGAUAUCAAUGAAACCAAGAAGGGUGGUCCUUUUCCUGAAAUUGUUCAAUCUGAUAUCUUUGUCAACUGUAUCUACCUCAACCAAAAGAUUCCUCCUUUCAUCACUCAAGAGUUGAUUGAUGGUGAUGAUCGCAAGCUUUCCAUCAUCUCUGACGUCUCCUGUGAUACCACCAACCCUAACAAUCCUAUUCCCGUCUACUCUAUCAACACCACUUUUGACAAGCCUACUGUCCCUGUUGAAUCCUCCAACCCUUAUCCUCUUGAAGUGUGCUCUAUUGAUCACUUGCCUACUCUCUUGCCCAGAGAAAGCUCUGACAUGUUUUCCCACGAUCUUCUACCUACCAUGUUGGCUUUAAAGGAUCGUGCUACUAAUCCCGUUUGGUCUGGUGCAGAAAAGUUGUACAAGGAGAAGUUGGAGGCUUCAAGAGCUUAG